AUGGUGGAUCUAAAAUCACCGCCUUUUAGUGACAUUAAAAGACCUGAGGAAGUCGUCAGGAUGACGACCAACGAUAGCCUGAAAUUCGCAGUUCUCAUCGGGCUGAUUGAAGUUGGACAGGUAACCAACCGAGAGGUGGUCAACACUGUUCUUCAUUUGGUAAGUACUCCAAAUAUUACCAGUCUAUUCGCAGUGGACCUUAUUAGAUUUACCUUAACAAUGGAACCAGCAGUAAAUCGCGUGCUGUGGAGUGUCGCGUCUAUUUUGAUUGUUUCUAUCGAUCGCGUUAUGUCGGGAAUGUCAGGACGAGCUCGCGGCUCCGGCACAGCGGCCGGCGAGCUGUUUGUUUUGAUCGCUGCAUUGUCGUUUGACACGUUGUUCACACACUACUCUUAUAAUGAAGCAGCUGAGCUCGAGCCGUCUACACUUUUAUUUACUAAAUGUUUUCGUAAAGAGAAUAAUUCAGACUCUAUUAUCUAA